CGCGCACGGGGAGAACCAAAAUGGCGGCGAAGGUGGCCGUUGGGGCUUGCGUGUGAGGGUCCCUGUUCCCCCCCUCCCCCCAACCAAGCGGGUCCGGUCGGUGCCGCAGGGCGUGAGGCCUAAGGCAGCGGAGCUGCUGCCAAGUGUGUCCCACUCGGCUCCUCCAUCCCCGCUGGCGGCAGAAGGAGGCGGAGAGGGCAGGAACUUUCCUGCGCUGGAGUCUCGAAGCGGCUGAAGGGCAGCAUUUUUGACUGCAUACCAUGGCAACAGGAGGUGGUCCUUUUGAGGAAGGCAUGAAUGAUCAGGACUUGCCUAGCUGGAGCAAUGAGAGCUUUGAUGACCGACUGAACAAUACGGACUGGGGGGGUCAACAGAAGAAAGCAAACAGGUCUUCAGAGAAAAACAAGAAAAAAUUUGGUGGGGAAGGUGAAACAAGGCUUACUAAUGACAUAUCUCCAGAGUCCUCACCCGGAAUGGGACGGCGGAAGACAAGGACUCUUCAUAGUUUUCCUCACACUAGAUAUAUGACUCAGAUGUCUGUUCCAGAGCAGGCAGAAUUAGAAAGGCUUAAACAAAGAAUAAACUUCAGUGAUCUGGAUCAGAGGAGCAUUGGAAGUGAUUCUCAAGGCAGAGCAACGGCUGCUAACAACAAACGUCAGCUUAAUGAAACCAGAAAACCAUUCAACUUCCUAUCACUGCAGAUUAACACUAACAAAAGCAAGGAUGCUGCUACAAGCCCUCAAAAAAAAGAAACUGGUGGAUCUUCACAAUGUAAAGAGUUAUUUGCAUCUGCUCUAAGUAAGGACUUUUUGCAAAACUGUCAGGUGUCUGUUCAAGAAGAUGGAAGAGGAGAACCUGCUAUGGAUAGUAGCCAGAUUGUGAGCAGACUAGUUCAAAUUCGUGACUAUAUUGCUAAGGCCAGCUCCAUGCGGGAUGAUCUUGUAGAGAAAAAUGAAAGAUCUGCUAAUGUUGAGCGCUUGUCACAUCUCAUAGACCAUCUUAAAGAACAAGAAAAAUCCUAUCUGAAAUUUUUGCAAAAGAUGCUUGCUAGAGAAAAUGAGGAGGAGGAUGUUCGGACUAUAGAUUCAGCUGUGGGAUCUGGUUCUGUAGCUGAGAGCACAUCGCUAAACGUAGAUGUGCAGUCUGAGGCUUCAGAUACCACGGAAGAAUCUUUUAGUUUGAAAGUUCGGCCCUGUAUUGAGGACAAACUAGGGAAUUCAGCUUCACAAGGACAGGUUUCAGACAUUGACGUUACAACAAGUCCAAAAGGGAAAGGUGACAGAGCUGCUCUGAAUGGCAGGGAAAUCUGGCCUAUUAGGAUUGGAUUACCCUCACAGGCCAGAGACCCCCAGCAGGAGGCUAAAGAGGAGCUAGAGAAUUUGAAGAAGCAACAUGACUUGUUAACAAGGAUGUUACAACAACAGGAACAGCUGAAAGCACUUCAGGGAAGACAAGCUGCUCUUCUUGCUCUGCAGCAUAAAGCAGAGCAGGCAAUUGCUGUCAUGGAUGAUUCUGUUGUAACAGAGACCACAGGUAGCAUUUCAGGAGUGAGUCUUACAUCUGAACUAAAUGAAGAAUUAAAUGACCUAAUCCAGCGUUUUCACAAUCAGCUUCAUGAAUCUCAGAGUCAACCUGUGCCAGAUAAUAGGAGGCAAGCAGAAAGUCUUUCACUUACUAGAGAGAUUUCACAAAGUAGAAAUUCUUCUCUGUCACAGCACUUAUCUGAUGAGAAAGCGCAACUUUUUAGCAAGAUGAGAAUGUUGCAAGGUAAAAAACAAAAAAUGGACAAGUUGUUAGGAGAACUUCACACACUUCGUGACCAGCAUCUGAACAACUCCUCCUUCUUGCCUGUGUCAGGCUCUCCUCAAAGGAGUAUUGAUCAAAGAAGUACAACUUCAGCUGCCUCUGCUCCUGUAGGCAUAGUAACUGUUGUCAAUGGAGAGUCUAACAGCCUAGCAUCAUCUGCUCCUUAUCCUCCUGAUUCCAUUGCUUCUCAGAAUGAGAGUGAAGAGGAUGACAAUCUAAACCCAACAGAAAAGCUCCAGAAACUGAAUGAAGUUCGUAAGAGAUUAAAUGAGUUGCGUGAGUUAGUUCAUUACUACGAACAGACAUCAGAUAUGAUGACUGAUGCCGUGAAUGAAAACACUAAAGAGGACGACACAGGAGAAUCAGAAUGCGAUUCUGAACAUGAGAAUCCACAACCUGUUACCAAUAUUAGAAACCCUCAGGGAAUUAGUAGCUGGGGUGAAAUAAAUAGCAAUUCCAACAUACAGUGUGGAACUACUAACAGAGAUGGAAGACACCUUAAUAUAGACUGUGAAAUAAAUAACCGAUCUGCUGCUAACUUAAGGACUUCAAAUAUGUCUUCUACAUUAGAUUGUUGUAAUAGGAACAGUGACAAAGAUAUUGAUGUAUCACAAGGUGGUGAUGACGAAGUGGAAGAGGACAGAGCCAGUGAAGUUUCUUUAUCUAGCUGCAGAAGCAGUGUAGCUGAUGCUGAUGCUGGAGAUGCUGAGUUUGAGCAGAAGAUCAGUAGACUUAUAGCUGCAAAACAAAAACUUAAACAGUUACAAAAUCUUGUAGCUAUGGUACAGGAUGAUGAGACAGAGCCUGAAGCAACUGCUGCUGACACGGCUAAUGUUGGUGACUUCUUUUUGGCGGAAGUAGAGGAGGCAAAGCAGCAACCAAAUAAUAUCAGAGCUUGCACCAACAGAUUGCAACAAGAUGUGAGACUGAAUGAAAAAGCAAGAGAAAAAUUCUAUGAAGCUAAACUUCAGCAGCAACAGCGGGAACUUAAACAACUUCAAGAAGAAAGAAGGAAACUGAUUGAGAUUCAGGAAAAAAUCCAAGCAUUACAGAAGGCUUGUCCUGACCUUCAAUUGUCAGCUAGUUUGGGGAAUUGCUCAGCAAAUAGACCAGCUUCACCUGAUACUUCAACACCAGCUGUUGAAAGUAGCGCAGCAGGCAAGCCUGUUCUUGAACCUGAAGAAUCGGUAACAGUGGACAAUGAGCUAUGGUCUGAGAUGCGUAGGCAUGGGAUCUUAAGGGAAGAGUUACGACAGAGAAGAAAGCAGCUUGAAGCUUUAAUGGCUGAACAUCAGAGGAGAAGAGAUUUGGCAGAAACCACAUCUACUGUUGCUGCAUCUGUUAAAAGUGGUGGAUCAGAGACCCAAUGUACUCCACAACAAAAUAGAAUGGAAAAAACAGUGGCAACAUGGGGAGGUUCUACCCAGUGUGCGCUAGAUGAAGAGGAUGGAGAUGGAGAUGAUUAUCUUUCUGAUGGACUUGUUCAGGCAGAAGAGGAGGAAGAAGAGGAAGAACAAGAGUCCAGUUCUAAUGACAAUUUCUCCAUGUAUCUCCAUAACAAUGAUCAAAGUACAUAUUGUGUUAAAGAAAAUAAAGAUAGAUGGAAGAAUCGCCGCCCUCUUUCAGCAGAUGGGAAUUACCGUCCAUUGGCUAAGACAAGACAACAACAGAAUAUUAGCAUGCGGCGGCAAGAAAACCUGAAGUGGAUGUCUGAACUCUCUUAUGUGGAGGAGAAGGAACAAUGGCAAGAGCAGAUUAACCAGUUAAAGAAACAGCUUGAAUUUAGUGUCCGUAUUUGUCAGACCUUGAUGCAGGAUCAGCAGACUCUCUCUUGUCUACUACAGACUCUGCUUACAGGCCCUUAUAGUGUGAUGCCCAGUAAUGUUGCAUCUCCACAAGUGCACCUUAUAAUGCACCAGUUAAACCAAUGCUAUACUCAGCUGACAUGGCAACAGAAUAAUGUUCAAAGGUUGAAGCAGAUGUUAAAUGAUCUUACGUACCAACAAGAACAGCAGCAGCAGGAGAAGCCACAAAGAAAGCAAAGAGGCAGCAGUGCGCCACCACCUCCAUCUCCUACAGUAUUUUGUCCUUUCAGUUUUCCUCCUCAACCUGUAAAUCUAUUUAACAUACCUGGAUUUACUAAUUUUUCUUCUUUUGCACCAGGUAUGAACUUCAAUCCUGUGUUUCCCUCUGGUUUUGGAGAUUUUGCACAUAAUGUUACCCCACACAACAGUGAGCAACCACAGCAGCGACCUGUAGAUCAUAACACUUCUGGAAAAACUGAAUACGUGGCAUUUCCAAAGCCCUUUGAAAGCAGUUCCUCUCUUGGAGCAGAGAAACAAAGGAGUCAGAGACAACCUGAAGAGGAAUUAGAAAACAACACACCAGUUUGGCUAGAUGACAGCCAGGAAGGAAGAAAAGAAAAACAGUCAUUCCUGAAGGCAGGGUUUGCGGUUUCAGUACAAAAUAUGACAUCUGGUAAUCACAAAAGUCAAUCUGAUACCAGCCAGAGGAGAAGAGAGUUUGAUGAGGAAUCUUUGGAGAGUUUCAGUAGUAUGCCUGAUCCAGUGGAUCCAACUACUGUGACUAGAACAUUUAAAUCUAGAAAAGCAUCAGCCCAGGCCAGCUUGGCAUCUAAAGAUAAAACACCUAAAUCGAAGAAUAAGAGGAGGAGUUCUACUCAGCUAAAAAGCAGAGUUAAAAAUACUGGUUAUGAAAGUGCCAGCAUUUCUAGUACAUGUGAACCUUGCAAGAGUAAUAGGAGCAGGCGCUCUGUGCAGAAUGAAGAGGCUGUUCAAGCAAAAGUGUUCAGCAAAAAGAAUCAAGAACAAUUGGAAAAAAUAAUUAAAUAUAGUAGAUCUACAGAAAUGUCCUCAGAAACUGGUAGUGAUCUUUCCAUGUUCGAAGCUUUGCGAGACACCAUUUAUUCUGAAGUAGCUACUCUGAUAUCUCAAAAUGAAUCUCGUCCACAUUUUCUUAUUGAACUUUUCCAUGAGCUUCAGCUGCUAAAUACAGACUACUUGAGGCAAAGAGCAUUGUAUGCAUUACAGGAUAUAGUGACUAGACAUAUAUCUGAGAACAAUGAAAAAGGAGAAUGCACAAAGUCUCUGAAUUCAGCUACCUGGAUAGCUUCAAACUCUGAACUUACUCCCAGUGAAAGUCUUGCUACAACUGAUGAUGAAACCUUUGAGAAGAAGUUUGACACAGGAGCAAGUAGAGAUUAUGAACAAAAUGAUGCGGACAAUGGCAGUACCAUGUCGACAUCUUCAAAUUUUGAACCUUUUGCCACUGAUGAUCUUGGCAACACUGUGAUUCACUUAGAUCAGGCAUUGGCUAGGAUGAGGGAAUAUGAGCGCAUGAAAACUGAAGCUGAAAAUACCCUUGACUCAGAGGGCUGCUGUAGUAAUCUCCAGUGUGUCUCUGCUGUUAAAUUAGAAGGUCCAUCUACUGGGGAGAGUCACUGUGUGUCACAGCCUAGUGAAGUUUCUACUGUUCCAUGUCCUCGUAUAGAUACUCAGCAGCUUGACCGGCAGAUCAAAGCAAUUAUGAAAGAAGUCAUCCCUUUUCUGAAGGAACACAUGGAUGAAAUAUGCUCUUCUCAGCUGUUGACAUCAGUAAGACGUAUGGUCCUGACUCUUACACAGCAAAAUGAUGAAAGCAAAGAAUUUGUGAAAUUUUUUCAUAAGCAACUUGGUGGCAUACUGCAGGAUUCACUGGCAAAAUUUGCUGGUAGAAAACUAAAGGAUUGUGGAGAGGAUCUUCUUGUGGAGAUCUCGGAAGUUUUAUUUAAUGAACUAGCCUUCUUUAAACUCAUGAAAGAUUUGGACAGCAACAGUGUUACUGUAAAACAAAGAUGCAAAAGUAAAAUGGAAGCAGCGGGAGUGAUACAACCUUACGAUAAAGAGGCAAAGGGAGUUCUUGAGGUAGGAGUUAGUUCAUCCGCUGAAGAUAUUGAUGAAGACAAAGACAAGGAUGAGACUGAAACAGUUAAACACACACAAGAAUCAGAAAUAUACAAUGAUGGUGAAGUUCCUCAAAGUAUGAGAUCUGAUGCUUCUGAUCAGGAGGAAGAUGAGGAGAGUGAAGACUGUCUGGUGUCUAUAAGUUUGUCUAAAGCGGAAACACAAGCUCUAACUAAUUAUGGAAGUGGGGAAGAUGAGAAUGAAGAUGAAGAAAUAGAAGAGUUUGAAGAAGGACCUGAAGAUGUCCAGACUUCACUGCAAGCUAGCAACGAAACUACAGCUGAAAAUGAACAAAGACAGAUUCCAAUAGAUGAAUCUGAUAAACCAAAUGAAUAUGAGAUUUUAUCAACUAAGCAGAAAUCUCUUAGUGCUAAAGAUGAACAAGAUGUGCCUGCUAUUUUGCCUCAUUAUCUCAAUAUGUUGGAGAAUAAGCAACUUCUAACAGUCAGUGCAGCUGAGUCUGUUACUGCUACUGAGGUGUCAGCAACUGAAGAGCCAAGCCCCUCAUUACUAGUAAAUGAAAUUCAGAUAUCAGAAACCAAAUCCUUGACAGGAAGCCCAGAAAGCUCCAUGGCUGGCAGCCCUGAUACAGAGUCACCUGUGUUAGUGCAUGAAUAUGAAGCUGGAUCUGGAAACAUAAGUCAAAAGUCUGAUGAAGAUGACUUUGUGAAAGUUGAAGACUUGCCCCUUAAACUCACAGUCUAUUCAGAGGCAGAUCUAAUGAAGAAAAUGAUGGCUGAGGCCCAGACUAACACUUUGUCUGAUGCAAUACUAGAUGGUGAUGGAACGCAAGGUGAAGAAUUAGCUGGAGACUCUCAAACACUGAAAGAACCUGGUAACUGGGGUCAGAUCUGUACAUAAAGUCUUAAUCUGCAUUGACUGCUGCAUCGAGAAACUGCUGGAGCCCAAAGUGCAUGAAAAAAUAUUCCAGAAACUCCUCCUUAGCCCCUCUCCACAUAUACCAGUGCAUAUAGAAAAUUGGCACAAACUUCACUGAAUUUGAAUCUGUAUAAAAAUGUCAAUUAGUUUGACACACUACUGCCUUUAGGAUAGAUAUGCCAACUUCGGCCCAGAGCAGUUUAAACAUCUGUAACUGAAUCCUCUAGUUACUGUUACUGCACUGUUCUUUUUCUGUCUUAAUCUUUUUUAUUCAUUGUGAUUUGUUUAGUAAUUUUAAAAUGUAGUUUUAAAUAAAGGUUGGACUUGUCUGUAAA